AGUGGGAGUUUGAAACGUUGGUGUGGGUGGGUGGUACCUGGCUUUCCAACUAGGGUUUUUGCAAGGCGAGGGUUUUGGGAAGAGAGGGAUGUUGUACAUCGUAGGAUUGGGAUUGGGGGACGAGAAAGACAUCACUUUGAGAGGCUUAGAAGCAGUGAAGAAAUGUGACCAGAUUUUCAUAGAAGCCUACACAUCCCUCCUCUCUUUUGGUCUCUCUUCCGACGGCCUUUCCACUUUGGAAAACUUGUAUGGAAAACCAGUCACACUUGCAGAUAGAGAAACGGUGGAGGAGAAGGCCGACCAAAUUCUAAGUGCAGCUGCUGCUUCUGACGUGGCUUUUCUUGUAGUUGGAGAUCCUUUUGGAGCUACAACUCACACUGAUCUUGUUGUUCGAGCCAAGAAGUUGGGGAUUGAUGUCAAAGUGGUACAUAAUGCAUCAGUGAUGAAUGCAGUUGGAAUCUGUGGCUUACAACUCUACCACUAUGGAGAGACAGUUUCAAUUCCGUUCUUCACUGAAACUUGGAGACCUGAUAGCUUUUACGAGAAGAUUCAAAAAAAUCGUGGGCUUGGACUGCAUACUCUCUGCUUGUUAGAUAUACGAGUGAAGGAACCUACUCUGGAAUCUUUGUGCAGAGGAAGGAAGCAGUAUGAACCACCUAGAUAUAUGUCAAUAAACACUGCAAUUGAGCAGCUUUUGGAGGUUGAGGAGAAUCAAGGAGAAUCUGCAUAUGAUGAAAACACCAUGUGUGUUGGGCUUGCUCGGCUGGGAAGUGAGGAUCAGAAGAUAGUUUCUGGUACAAUGAAGGAACUGCAGUCGGUUGAUUUUGGAGCACCUCUUCAUUGUCUUGUCAUAGUAGGCAAGACCCAUCCGGUGGAGGAAGAAAUGCUGGAUUUUUACAGACUUAAAAAACAGAAUGUGGAAGAGAACGAUCAUGGCACUGUAUGAUUGUAUCUUUGGAAGGUGCAGUUGUACUUGCAUGUUCGUGUUUUGGAUUUAUGAUUUGUCCAUUCGUUUGCCUUUUCUCGUUGUAAAGCACUUAUUCAAGAACUAAAUGGACUUGACCUGAUCUAUCUUUCGACCGUACUGCAUGUACUGUUUGUAGCAGAGACAGAAGAGGAGGCUAUUCUUAAUUGGCGUCAAAGAGAGUUCAGAAGAUAAAUGGUUGCGGAUGCCACUUGCCGUCUGUCUUUGGUUCUGUUACCAGCUUCCAAGUCAUGCUGCACACUCCGAUUAGUUUUGUAAUGAGUUUAGUCAAGUUGCUGUAAUACACAUUUCAUGUGCCAUAUUAAUUUCACUUAUCUUGAAUUUUGAGCCAAAUAUAGUUGUCAUGAUAUUGAUC